UUGGCAGUGAUUAUAAAUGGCAUACAGUUGCACUGGCCCCGCGGAAAUCUCUGGCUCCCUUCCAUUGUUUCCUUCCUCUGUUCCUUCGUUUAUUUGCGUAGUGAAAAGAUAGAGAAGAAACAAACUGUUUUAUUCGGUUUCAAUCAUUUUCUUUUUUUUUCCUGGUCACAAGUAGCUUCUGUCAAAGCCAUAAGUGAUAAGAUUGCAGCUUCUCGUUUGACAUUUCUGGUUAUGAAAGCUGCUGCUGCCUUUGUUUCUUCAAAGUCCACCUCCACCGUUGCCUCUUGGUGCUCUCAACUUUCUCACUGCUUCUUCCUUCUUUCUUGGCUUUGGGUUUGAUUGGUUGCUGACUCCGUACCAAGGAAUAUCAUCAUGUCAGGUUUCCUAGCAAGAACAGGGAGACACCGCCAACGGUAUGAUGAGAAUAACUUUCGACUUGUUUCUGGAUGUAUUCCCUACAGGUUGACAGAGGAAGAUAAGGAUGUUGACAGGGAAAACCGGAUAGAAGUUCUCAUGAUCUCUUCACCAAAUCGUAGUGAUUUAGUCUUCCCAAAGGGUGGAUGGGAGGAUGACGAGACUGUUGCAGAAGCAGCAUGUCGUGAAGCCUUAGAAGAAGCAGGAGUUAGAGGAAUAUUAAGAGAAAUUCCUCUAGGAGUAUGGGAGUUUAGAAGCAAGAGCAAGCAGGACCUUUGCACCCUGGAAGGAAGCUGCAGAGGGUUCAUGUUUGCAUUAGAGGUGACCGAGGAGCUUGACAUCUGGCCAGAGCAGAAAGACCGAGAUAGGAUUUGGGUAAAUGUAAAAGAGGCCUUCCGACUCUGCCGAUACGACUGGAUGCGUAGGGCACUGGAGGAGUUUCUGAGAGUUAUGGCAGAAGAUGAAGAACUCAAGCUGGAGGAGGAGAUAGUUGAGCCCCCAUCCAUUCCAGUAUCUGAUGUUGUGGCAGACUGUCAAGUCAUGGCUGCAAAUUGCUAUGUAAAACCUUCCAACGCCCAGCAUCAUCAUGGUUUGAGUGCUAUAAGCUCCCCGUGGCACAUCCCUCUCAAAAGGUUGCCAUUGACAUGAGACAUCGACCUUAGUAAUAGUCAUCCUCUGCCUCUUUUACUAAGAGGGCAACUAGGCUUUCUAUAACUCCAUUAUGUCUGUGACUUCUUCCGUUUUUUAACAGAUCAAAUUUGUGAAGCACCGUACUGGUUUAGAAUGUUUAGUCAUUAAUUAGUGAAAAUCAUUUCCAUUUCUUGGCUCC